UCAUCACCAACACCAAAACAACAAUAUCUGUCGCAGCCUGUUUCAUCAAGUUCUUCUGAGGCCCAGUCAUCAACACCAACAACAAGUUAUGUCGCAGCCGUGUUAUCAUCAAGUUCUUCUGAAGCCCAGUCAUCAACACCAACAACAAGUUCUGUCGCAGCCGUGUUGUCAUCAAGUUCUUCUGAAGCCCAGUCAUCAACACCAACAACAAGUUUUGUGGCAGCCGUGUUAUCAUCAAGUUCUUCUGAAGCUCAGUCACCAACACCAACAACAAGUUCUGUCGCAGCCGUGUUGUCAUCAAGUUCUUCUGAAGCCCAGUCAUCAACACCAACAACAAGUUCUGUCGCAGCCGUGUUGUCAUCAAGUUCUUCUGAAACUCCAUCAUCAACACUAAUCACAAGUUCUUUUGCUGACGUGUUUACACCAAGUUCUUCUGUGGAUCAGUCAUCGACACUAAUCACAAGUUCUUUUGCUGACGUGUUUACACCAAGUUCUUCUGUGGAUCAGUCAUCAACACAAAUCACAAGUUCUUUUGCUGACGUGUUUAUGCCUAGUUCUUCUGUGGAUCAGUCACCAACACCAACAACAAGUUUUGUCGCAGCCGUGUUGUCAUCAAGUUCUUCUGAAGCCCAGUCAUCAACACCAACAACAAGUUCUGUCGCAGCCGUGUUGUCAUCAAGUUCUUCUGAAGCUCAGUCAUCAACACCAACAACAAGUUCUGUCGCAGCCGGGUUGUCAUCAAGUUCUUCUGAAAGCCCAGUUCAUCAACUACCAACAACAAGUUCUGUCGCAGCCGUGUUGUCAUCAAGUUCUUCUGAAGCUCAGUCAUCAACACCAACAACAAGUUCUGUCGCAGCUGUGUUGUCAUCAAGUUCUUCUGAAGCUCAGUCACCAACACCAACAACAAGUUCUGUCGCAGCCGUGUUGUCAUCAAGUUCUACUGUGGCUCAGUCAUCAACACCAACAACACUAACAACAAGUACUGUCGCAGCCGUGUUGUCAUCAAGUUCUUCUGAAGCUCAGUCAUCAACACCAACAGCAAGUUCUGUCGCAGCCGUGUUGUCAUCAAGUUCUACUGUUGCUCAGUCAUCAACACCAGCAACAAGUUCUGUCGCAGCCGUGUUGUCAUCAAGUUCUUCUGAAGCUCAGUCAUCAACACCAACAACAAGUUCUGUCGCAGCCGUGUUGUCAUCAAGUUCUACUGUUGCUCAGUCAUCAACACCAGCAACAAGUUCUGUCGCAGCCGUGUUGUCAUCAAGUUCUUCUGAAGCUCAGUCAUCAACACCAACAACACCAACAACAAGUUCUGUCGCAGCCGUGUUGUCAUCAAGUUCUUCUGAAGCUCAGUCAUCAACACCAACAACAAGUUCUGUCGCAGCUGUGUUGUCAUCAAGUUCUUCUGAAGCUCAGUCACCAACACCAACAACAAGUUCUGUCGCAGCCGUGUUGUCAUCAAGUUCUACUGUGGCUCAGUCAUCAACACCAACAACACUAACAACAAGUACUGUCGCAGCCGUGUUGUCAUCAAGUUCUUCUGAAGCUCAGUCAUCAACACCAACAGCAAGUUCUGUCGCAGCCGUGUUGUCAUCAAGUUCUACUGUUGCUCAGUCAUCAACACCAGCAACAAGUUCUGUCGCAGCCGUGUUGUCAUCAAGUUCUUCUGAAGCUCAGUCAUCAACACCAACAACAAGUUCUGUCGCAGCCGUGUUGUCAUCAAGUUUUUCUGUUGCUCAGUCAUCAACACCAACCAGAAGUUCAGAGACAUCUGUAGCUACUCCAUCUUCGAUAACAAGUUCUUCUCCCCAACUAGCAUCUUCGUCUUCUGUUAUAACUCAGCCAACAACGACCACGCCAAAACCUGGAGUUUGUCAAACAGUAGGCUUUAUCGUUUAA